AUGAAGGAUAUAAGUUCCAAAGAUGAAGAGAAAGUAGAAGACAAUGUAACUGUUACUGAUGAAUUAAACGGUAGCAAGGGUAAAGAUUAAACCGAAGCUACACCAUCGGAAUGCAAAGGGCCAAAUUCAAUUCACAUUAUGUCGCAAUCUACUCCAGAUAUUGACGUCUUGGAGACAAAACUCACUGACAAAGAUGGACGAGAGGCUACUGCUCAAUUACCUGAAGAGGUAAAUUUGGAAAAAGAGCCUAUACAUAGUGCCAUUGAAGCGUCAGAAUCAACCAAAGCAACUGAUUUUUCAAGCGUAAAUUUAGAGCCAGUUACAACAGAAGGUGAAGGAUUGAAACCAGAUUUGGACAACCAGGAGCCGGGUAUUGAAAGCACAAAAUCGACAUCCAAAAUGUUGGAAUCUGAAAAUGUGGAUCCAGUUAUUCAGCCUACCAUUCCUCCUAGUAUUGACAUUACUGACACUUCAGGCCCUGUUCUUCCAUUACCAGCUCCUCCUGUUAUUGGAGACACAAGCUUGCCUAGCCAUGAGUUUUCAACUGCAGCAUCGUCAGCAGAAGCUACUCUUGAUACUUCAAUCCUCAGCAAAGCUCAACAAGCCGCUGUUUCUUCUUCAGCUGGACUAUCGUCAGGGGUCGGGUCAGGAGGGCAGAAGGAAUCCAUAUUUGUUCGUCUUAGUAACAAGAUCAAGGUUCUGGAACAGAAUUUGAACAUGAGUACCCUGUAUAUGGAACAGCUGCAUCAGAGGUAACUUUUACAAAUCUCUUCAAUCUCUCGUUGAUACAAGUGGUUACAGCACCAUGUUCUCUUUAAAGCUUUAUUUGUGUGGGCCCAGGCUCCGGCCCCAAAAGGGAAAAGGCGGAAAAAAAAAAUCAGCAAAUGAAGUGGCGGAAAUGACCUUUCCCACACCCCAGUCCAUGUUUUUUUGUUGUAGUUGUAGUUGUAGUUGUUGUUGUCUUUUUCUUUUUUUGGCUGUUUCGACGCGUUUUUUGCCUUUUCCUCCACUACGGAGCCUGGUCCCAGGCUAAAGCUACACGUACAUGUACAACCUGAUGGACAAAACUCUUUAGAUGGUUCCAUCUAUUAAUUUUUUUGAAUUACGCGCUACAUUACCAUCUCCUCUAAACAUCUAAUAAAAUUACCCCAACCCCUCCCCUAUUCAGUGGUGGUUUGGCCUUUAAACCAGUAUAUAUAAUUCUGGGCCCAGUUGUUCAAAGGCCGAUUAGCACUAAACCCAGGGUUAAAUUUUUCUUUUUUCGAAAGCAUUUUCUCGGAUAAUUUGCUCUGUUGUUUUUAAGACCAUCCCAAUAUCAACUUGUUGACAAAAAAAAUUAAACUGAAUUUACUUUUUAAGCUUUCAUAUCUGAAUUCAUAUUUCGCACUAACCCUAGGUUAUCUUAACCCAGCUUUGAACAACCUGGCUCUGGGUCCAGUUCCUGAAAGGUCGAUUAGCGCUAAUCCAGGAUUAAAAUUUUGUUCCAUUUUUGUAAUUUACCUUCCUACGUAUUGCUUAGAGUAGCCUUUUGUGUUAUCGUUACUGUAUCUCGGGGUUAAGGCUCAACAGUAUUUUUUUAGCUCGAGUUGCAUGUCCUUAGACAAGAAAACCUUGCUUAAAACUAGGCUUAACCCUGGGUUAAACUUAACCAACUUUCGAGGAACCAGGCCCUAGUAUUACUCAAAAAAUUGUUGGAGGAGAGGAAGGGGGAGUAAGACAAUUAAUUUAAGCAAGGGGUUUCAUUUUAGUCCGAAUGACAGGAAAAAUAGGUCUUUAUUCAAUUUUUAUCAACCAGUUUAGAUCGCAAUUGUAGCUGAUCUCUCAAAGCGUUUACCGUAGUACAUGACCAGAGUGAAAUAAAAGUAGUUUAGAGUUCUCGGAGAAAGUGCUAGGGACAAUCCCAUAACUUCGUAUCUUUUAGUUCCUUCUUCAAAGAAGUUAUGUUUAUGUAGCCUUAAAUUCAGACGUUACUGAGGGAGUCAAAACGACUCAAAAUAGUUGUCUGAAAUUCAGGCUUCUGUUUAAGGUCAUUGCGAAGAUUCUCCUCCCCCCACCCACCCUCUUUUUUUUUUUUUUUUUUUUUUUGGGGAGUUAAACAGGUUUAAAUCUUCAGAACCGAGCUUGUGCCUUGUGUCUUUUCUUGUUAGAAUGCACGUUGUGUUUGUCUGGUUUUGAUCUUAUCAAGAGAAACAAAGUUGAUGCUUUAUGAUGCUAAUAGGAGUUGCCUUAUUUCCGGUCACAGAUACCGAAAGUCAGUGGAAGAAUUACAGAAGAACUCAGAUAAGAAAGUUGCCCUGUUGACCAAUGCUACCAAGAAGGCAGAGGCUAUUGUAUGUAUAAUCUUUAUAAUUCUUAGUGUUGGGAAAAAGUGGUGAGAAUUACGAAGCAAUCAGUAAUUCUAACCUUUAUCGAAGCGAGUGUUGCCUACACAACAUGUUCGUAGCUUAACAUUGAUCUGAGGAAGUUGAACCUUCACAAAAUACGAUAAACACCCGCUAAUACAUUUGUGAGAACCUGUGGAUUAAGGACCUGCUGGCAGAAAUUUGGCAUUUUAAUACCCAAAAAUGUAAGAACCUGUUUAGCCAAGCAAAAUCAAGCAGGUUCUUGUAUGUGUCUUACAGGUAAAUACUGUAAAGAUAAACAUUUUUACCAAGGAGCUUGACUUCGAGAUUGCCAAGUGAUAUUUCAAGAAGAUACUCACACCAUGCUGUAAUUACAGAUAGACGUAUUACUGUAAUUCCUCCAACGAAAAAAAUGUUUAUAAAAAGUACAGUGGUAAUUGUCUUCAUGAACCUUACAUGAGGGGCUGCAAUGUACAGUUGUGAAUAAACUAUUAAUAAUCACAGGAGUUCAGGCUUCAGGAGUAAUCAUUGAUCGUUUAUUGCGACAGUACUGUUUCGUAUGGUCCGAAAUUGUAGGACCACACUCAUCAGGCAACUCCAACGAUUGACCGUUGAAAUUAAAAGCUGGCAGUAAAAUAUAGGGAUGCGUUAAGAGAUAGUAUCUAGGUAACAGAUGUGUCUUAGUUACGUUACUCUAGGGUUCUGAAGUACAUAUCUGUUUCUGUGGGGGCAUGAACUCGCUAGUUCGUUUCGCCUGUUUAGGCUACAAAGCUCUUUCUUACAAAUGAUGAUAGACUUUUCAUAAAGACAUAGAUUACAUUUUUUGCCAAUGUUGCUAUAGGCUUUACAUUUCUUUAAAACUUUUAUAUCUGGAAAGAUUUCUUAGAGUCUUGUAAAGUCCAAAUAUAUUUUGAGAGUUCCGUUUCAAUUCUUCUGUUCGAGCGUCGAAAGGAGGACUGAUAAACACUGUAUAUUUAAGGACCAAACUCUCAAGUUUCUUUAUUUUUCUAGUAGUCAACAACUAUAUCUCCUUCAUCGAAAUGAAGAACCUAAUAAAGAACGUUCUUAGACUAAAUUACCAAUAACUAUCCCAAAAUAAAAGAGCCUUGUUUGCCAGGCCUCAAAUAAUGUAGGUUCUUAUUAGUUGGUGAUAGCUCUUCCGUGCAUUUUCUACCCCUCAAUUCGCGAAAAUGAACGUUCACAGGAAUUUUGUUUAUCGUCCUCUUAAAAAUUAUCCGUUUGAGAUUGGACGAGAUUAGUACAAUAAAAAUAACCUGGCGUGAAUGCCCUACUUUGCAACACACCGAUUUCGACUGAGCGUGCUCCUUGUCAACGAUCUUAAGUGCUCAACGAAUUAAAAGCUAUGGAACAGGCUCGAGUUGGAUGAAUUAAAGGGGCUGUGUCACGGCAGUCCAGUUCAUUUUGAUUAAUUUUGCCAAUUACUCACCCUCAGUCGCUAUGGAACUAAAAGUAGGCAAAGAAAUUACAUGUAAAUGACAAAAUCAAUCAUCCGAGACAAACAAAUGUCUCCCGAGUAUUAUUUUUGAAGUUGCAAGCAGCAGGGAUCAACUUUGAAAAAUUGCUAGGCUGAACAGUUUUCAAAAACCCUAAUUUCAAUCCGCUUCAAUCUUCUUCAGUUUUGCCCAUCCGUGGCAUUUUUUGUUUCCGUUGUGUUAUUUUAACCUUCCUUUAAUGUUUUAAGCGGUUAUUUUUAUGUUUCUUAAUUUAACGGGCAUUUUGUAAUUUCCUAAUUUGGCUGAAUUUCCUGACACAGCUCCUUUAACUGCUGUGAAAGACAGUUUCAAACUUACUCCCACCCAGAUGCUCUCUAUUGGCCCGUCACUUGAAGAUAACUUCAACACUGGUCUAACGAUGGUAGAACCUUUAGCGCAACCAUUUACGUUUGAUGGCGUUCGCCACGUUCGGUAUACGUUCUACAGUGUAGAAGAUUUCCUGUGCAAGUGUCUUGUUUACAUGCACAUAUUAAUCGAACCAAUGUUACUUCCUUUUAAAUGUACACUUUACACAUUUCCUUCUACAGAUCAACAACCAAAAGGAACAGAUCACUAAACUGCAAUCAAAGCUGGAUAACCUGACCAACGCAGUUGGUGAUAUGAAAGCCCGUAUGGAUCCACUCAAUAAGGAAGUGAUGGAGCGCCAUGUUAUCGGUCUUUGCAUUGAAAUAGUCUUAAUUCUUCUUCUGUUUAUACUGUUUGCAAAGAGAAACAAUAAUCAGGUGACUUCUAACUCACCCGGGAGGUCAGCGCACCUUAUGAACGGUCAUGGCCCCCCUCGACUUGCAAUUGAAGAUAGCAAACGCAGCAAAGCCACUGUCUUGUCUGAAGGUGAGUACUACGUUCGUGCACUAGGAAUAUUCAUCUGGCAUUUUAUCAACUUGAUAUCAACAUGAAAUGUCUCCCCACAUACCUCCUUACGUUCUGCUUAGUAGUGAAAAAUAUCAACUUGGAUUACUUUUUAGUUUGCUAUUUCUGAGUUCCAAAAACUCUCAUUUUCAAAACGAGGCUAAGUGACAUUGUUUUCUCGUGAAAAUGAGUUUAAACUGCAUGACAAUGAAUAUUAUGUUCAUAUCAAUUAUACUUCAGAACGCAUUUAUGCAACAAGAGGUUUUCAGAACCCUUUAUUUGUGAUAUCGAAGCAAUAUAUUUUGUUCAUUCAUUUGUUCAUUUUUACCACCACAUUGCAAGUUACUGAAACAUCUAUUGUCGGUCCAAUGUGUACAGUGUACAAACGUAUUUAUUUUUUUAGUUAUUCAUUUUUUUUUAUUUUAGUUCCUAGGUUAAGUGGAAAAGAACAGCUUCUUUUCAGUUUUGUCAAGAUGGCGGAACCGGAGAGUAUCGGAGGCGGCACUGAUACAGAUCACCAUGACAACAAAUUAGUAAAGGCAGGUUUUCACACAAUGCAGUUGUGUAUUUUAUAAUUGAAUGGUGAAAGCUAAUCCUUGAUGUUUGAAUUUAAAUGUUAAAUGUUAGUCCACUAGAAGGUUUCUAGAGUAAGCUCGAAUUAUCAUUCGCCAGUUCUGUUUAUUUCCAGAAGGGGAAAGAAUAGGGUGUAUACUGUUCCAUUGCAAAGACAACCGCCUCUCGUCGCUCUCCGUCGCUAGGAAAUAGGGAGCUUUAGCAUCGACGACGGCAACUGCAGGGAAAACGUCAGUUUUAAAAUGAAUUCCCGAUUUUUCAAUCUUUGUCGCGUUUACUCCAAUUUGCUGAAAAUGGCAAGUUUAGGCGAAUUUCCCUGGAGUUGACCGCACUCAAGUUUAGAGAGAGAAAAAGAGAUUCGUCGUCGCUUGUUCACGUCCUCCAUAAAACUUGCAAUUAGGCAUUUUCACGUCGUAGUCGUGCAAGGACGGUAAAGAAAUGUACAAAAAAGCGUGAUGCACGUGCAAAGUUGUUGUUUUGCGUAAUAAAGCUAUUGCUUUUUUGACGUCCUAUUUGCCGUCGCCGUCGUCGUUGCUAAAGCUCCCUAGUUUAAGAUACGGAGACUACGGACUACGAACUACGGCUGGACGAGCGUUGUCUUUUGUUUGUAGCACUGAGUUGAGUCGUGCAAAUAUAGAACGUUAAGAUUGCACUACAGACAGUAGACUACGAGAGAAGAGGCGGAGAGGGAAACAACACGCAAAGAUUUUCUUGUUUUCAUCACAGUUCACAAAAAUGCAAGUCAGUUUUAUAUGUGAUCUUAUCUUUAGAUCAAUGAACAAAUUCUUCCAUAUUUGAAGGAAGCAAUUACGUCGGGUGAAAUUGGUGAACAAAGUUUUGGUUACACAGGUUUUAUUUUUUUCGCCCAUGAAUACUUAUGUCAAAUACUAAAGAAAUAGACAGAAAUAGUAUAAUAGCUCAUUUAUUAGAUUCUCCAACGUACUGAUCUGAUAUAGUUUGAAGUAUUGAAAUGCCGAGUUUCGAUUGUCUCGAAGAUGUUUACAUCAUUUUCAUUCAGCAAAUGCGAUACAAAAACUCGCAUAAACAAAGGUUACACAAGUAGAAAGACACAUUAGUCAGUUCGAACAAGCAUUGAAACUUUUCAAGUGCGAAGAGAAAGUAAAUUACCUGCAUGAUUUCUCUUCUCCUAGGCCGUCAAUCUGAAUUCUGCUUAUCAACAGCUUAGCUUAUUUAAAUAUGAGCUUAGCUAGAUAAAAAUGUAGUCAUUAAAAGCGUAAAUCUGAGCAGAAAUUAGACACAACUUACAUAUUUCGCUUCCCUCUCACUUAAAGCAGGUGAAUUGAAAACUUUUUUACGAAAAGACGAGAUUCUUGAAUUACCGAGACGGCAAAAUACGAGCAAAAUAAUCAGUGAAAGGUUCCGGCAAUUCUGCUUUUUACAAAAAGAUCAACUCUGCUACUUGAAAAGAGCAGAAAAUUAACUUUCUGCAUUUAUUUUCAUAGAACAAAAUGCAAAAUUGUUACCUUUUUGUUAAUGCUAGUCGAUUAGGUGAGAAGUUAAAAAGGUAGCUUUUUGAAAAAAAAAAUAGGAGGGUAUUUUAAGCUUUCGAGUGAAAAUAUUUUAACGUCAAUAUUGUCCGCUUUUCAUCCAUUUCUCACUUUACCAAACAAAACUUUAAAGCGCCAAAAAGGUACCUUUUUUUCAGUUUGAAGCGAUCUCUUCAAAAGCGCGAAAAAGGUACCUUUUCUUACGGUUUAGAAACGUUCCUAUCAAAAGAGCAAAAAUGCACCUUUUUGCGGUUACAAGCAAAUCUCAUCAAAAGCGCGAAAAAGGCACCUUUAAAAAUAAAUGAUGUUUCAAUUAAAAUCCUACUGAUUGACAGAUGUCAAGCAACCGUUGGCGCCGCUAACGAACGAUACACAGACGUUUUUAGGGGACUCUAUGUCCCGUUUCUACAAUCGAAUUUCGCAGUCCCGAAUCUAAUUAAAACGAGCAAAACCCAUCCUAGACUGCCCUAGAAACACCUGUGUGGGAGGCUAUUCCUCAGUGGCCCCAGCUAUUUAACAGAAAUGGCUCGGACGCGCAAUAUUAUAAUUAACGCGUCCUGCAUUAUUGGCAUAUUUUCCGAGCUACGUACGUGGACGAGGGUCUACUAUGGGGAAUCAUCGGACUAAAAAAAAAUAGCUGGCUCCUUUUAGCCCAUCAAAAUUGAGAAACUAGACUGAAGAGAUCCGAAAAUACUGGCUACCAUCCAAAUGGAUGAAAUAGCUACUGGUUCUUUCAAACUAGGUGCAUGUGGAGGACCUAAGCAAGCCGUCCCAUUUUUAAGCGUGGAACGAAGACUUAAAAAAAGUCCUAUAUGAAAAGUCGAACCAUUUUAAUUAUUUUUAAUCAGAUCCUACGUCGAUCUACGACAAACAGCAGAGAAGUGUUUUUUCUUUUGAGUCUAAGCUGAGCGGGUUAUCAUAAUAACUGUUUUGUUUCGUGGGUGCCUUUUUUCACUUCUGAACGAUGGAAUCCACUUCGUAUUCGUUGAGUCGUCUUAUCCCAUAUUUAGCAGAAAACAAUCGCACGUUUCUUUCUGAAAAGCCUCUUGUUACUUCUGGAAAGUUUUGUCCGAGAAUUUCACUGACAUGUUUGUACGUUUUAUUGUCUUCAAUGAGAUUCCUUAUUAAAGUAACAUUGCUUUCCAUUUAUUCCGCCAUAUUUGUCUCUCGACUAGUGGGUCAGUCAAUUCAAGCAAAACAAAUGGCCCCAAACGGUUGACAUCUGUCAAUCAGUAGGAUUUGAAACGGCUUUCAAAUAUAGUUUGAAAACGACAUUUAUUUUUAAGGUUCCCUUUUCGCACUUAUAAGAACAUCGCUUCCAACCGCAAAAAAGUACCUUUUUUGCUCUUUUUGAUAGAACCUUUCUAAACCACAAAAGGUACCUUUUUCGCGCUUUUGAAGAGAUCGCUUCAAACUGAAAAAAAGGUACCUUUUUCGCGCUUUAAAGUUUUGUUUGGUAAAGUGAGAAAUGGAUGAAAAGCGGACAAUAUUGACGUUCAAAUAUUUUCACCCGAAAGCUUCAAAUACCCGCCUUUUUUUUCUAAAAGGUACCUUUUUUAACUUUUACCUGAUCGACUAGCAUUAACAAAAAAGGUAACAAUUUUGCAUGUUGUUCUGUAAAAAUAAAUGCAGAAAGUUAAUUUUUUCUGCUCUUUUCAAGUAGCAGAGUUGAUCUUUUGUAAAACAGCAGAAUUGCCGGAACCUUUCACUGAUUCAAAAUGUUCUCCGUAGUCCCGACUACGCGAAACAGCUCAACAACUCACCGUAGCCGCAGGACUACGCGGGAAAAAUGAACAGUCACGUGGUUUUGAUCAUGCGCAAUAGCAUGUUUAACCGUAGUCGUAGUCCGUAGUCGCCGUAUCUUAAACUCCCUAAUAAAUGUCCCGACUGGACGGCGUGGAACGAUGUGAGUAGGCUGUAUUUACAGGAUAGUAGGAUUUCUUGUCUCUGAUUUCAUGCUGCUUCCUCACACGACAAAUAUUACACUACUUUGAUCAAGCUGGAAUUUCUUUCGCAGGGAGCAAUUCUAAAAUAGAGACCUUUAGAUUUGUGAGCAUGGACGACUCAGAGGUUUUUUUGUCCCUUCUCAGAAAAUAGUAAUCCUGAAAAGUUUUGUUGCACUUUUUUACUAGAAAAGUUAGAACGGUUAUUUUUAUUGAAGGAGUUUGAGCCCUCUCCCGAUCGCAGAAUGAUAAAACUUCUAACAUUUGAUAACUUAUUUCCGCCUCAAUGACAUUCUCGUUAAAACGCGUAGUAGAAUGACCAUGGCUGUCACGUUUUCCCGCCAAAAUGAUGUUGGCUCACGCCUCGCACUUCGUGCCAUUGACAAAACCUCUUCCUUGUAGUCGUCCUCGUGUUAGAAUCUAACGGUCACUAUUGAGAAACACUCUUAAUCUAGAAAUGAUUACUAACUGUAGUACUCUAUUUCUUGUAGGGUAAUACCUUCAAUACCAGUGAGAGUAAGAAGAAACGUCAUCGCAAGCGUAAAAGGGUCCAGUACACCUGA